AAUUAAUGCGAUGAUAAAAACGAAAGUAAAAAUAAAUAGGCCUGUUUUGGGUCGCACUUUCUGAACACCAUCUCGUAAACGAUUAGUUCCAUUUGCUUGUAAGACUGGCCUCAAGUGGUCUCCAAUGAUGAUCAACUGAUUUCUAAAAUAAAAACGACCUCAGAAUGUCACGGUUGGCUCGUCAGACCCGCCGAGUGGUUGUAACUGGUGCUGGUAUUGUCUCUUGCCUCGGAGUUGGAGUAGAGCAUGUGUGGUCAAAGCUUUUGGCAGGGAAAACUGGCAUCACAAACAUCCAAGAGAAAGGUUUUGAACAGAUUCCCAGUAAGGUUGCUGGACUGGUUCCACGAGGAAGUGAGCCCGGUCUCUUCCACCGUGACUUAGUUCCUCAAGUUGAUGACAGACCAGUCACGACAAUGACGCAGUUCUGUCUAGCGGCAGCUGAGGAAGCUCUGACAAUGGCUCAGUGGAAACCGGAGGGAGAGAGUGACAAAUUAAGGACAGGUGUCUGUAUUGGCACUGGCAUGUGUCCUCUAGAGGAAAUUGUUGAUGCUGGGCAAAUGCUCAGGGGAGAGAAGUACAGACGAAUGUCUCCAUGGUUCAUCCCACGCAUUUUGAUCAACAUGGCUGCCGGUCACGUCAAUUUGGUCUAUGGCUUCAAGGCUCUGAAUCAUGCUGUGUCCACUGCCUGCACCACUGGCCUGCAUGCUGUUGGUGAUGCGUCUCGUUUCAUCUCUCAUGGCGAUGCUGAUGUCAUCAUUGCUGGAGGCUGCGAAGCUUCGGUUACCCCCCUUGGUAUGGCUGGAUUUGCUCGUAUGCGUGCACUCAGCACAAAUUUCAACUCUACUCCGGAACAGUCGUCAAGACCUUUCGAUGCGGCAAGGGACGGUUUUGUUAUGUCUGAGGGGGCAGCUGUUUUAGUUCUGGAAGAGUUGGAACAUGCAAAAUCUAGAGGUGUGCCUAUCUUAGGAGAAGUCCUCGGGUAUGGGUUGUCAUGUGAUGCAAAUCAUGUGACCUCUCCAUGUGAAGAUGGUGACGGUGCUCGAAGAUGUAUGGAGGGUGCAAUGCGUGAUGCGGGACUAGAAAAAAAUCGAGUAGGGUACAUCAAUGCUCAUGCAACGUCAACACCUUUAGGAGAUGCAGCGGAAAGUAGAGCCAUUCUCGAUUGCUUUGGUGAAGCCCUCUCUGAAAAUAUUUUGGUCAGUUCAACUAAGGGAGCGACAGGUCACCUCCUUGGAGCAGCGGGCAGUGUUGAAGCCUUGUUCACCCUCUUGGCGUGUCGCAGUGGUCAGGUUCCACCGACAGCCAACUUGCUAGCUCCAUCUACCGGCUGCGAUCUGAACUAUGUUUGCGGAGAGAAAAGUGUAAAAUGGGACACUGGCUCUCUGCUGAGGGUGGCUAUCACAAAUUCUUUUGGAUUUGGUGGUACAAACGCUUCUGUGAUAUUUUCCGAGUAUCAGGAAUAGUUUUAAGUCUUGAUACAUGUUGUAGUUGUUUUGUCCAAAAAAUAGUGUACUGCUGUCAUCCUCUUUCAAGGUUAGGCUUGUUUGAAAUGGGCCCCAUCAUCAGUUCUAUGAAUCCCUUCCUCAGAGUGAUCUGUUUAAUGUCUAGCUGAGCAGUACAGUGGUUUUUGCUUAACAUUAACACCCUUGGGAAGCAGGCCUUGGCUGCUACAAUUCAGUUGCUGCUAACUGAAUUUUCUUUGGGGGGGCUGGGGGGUAUCAACUUUAAAGAUAAAGGGGGUUGUCUAUUUGAUUUUGCUCUUAUAGCAGGAUUACUGUUAAGUGGACACCACUGUACAGUAAUCCAAACUCAGUGAAGUCAAGCGUGCUCUAUUUGUACUUGUCAAUUCUGACAUCACUCUCAGUUUAAAUGAGAUUAAAGGAAAUGAUUGAAAUAAUUCAGUAAACUGUAUGUGAACCAUUUGAUAUAACUAUUUUAAGAGAAACGCUUGUCAAAAU